AUGGAUCCCGAAACCGAGCUGCUCCCCUUCCAGGAAGUGGAAGUGCUUAUUCCCUCUCCGGGGCCCUCGAUCGAGAGUGAUCGACUGCUCCUCCGCCCGGUAGCCAAGCGCGACACGCCUGCACUAUACGCUAUUCGCGCCGAUCCGGAGGUUGCGAAAACAAAUCACCCCAAGACGCCCUUUCAGUCGAUUAAAGAGACCGAAGACUGGCUGGCAGGGAAGAUAUUCUCUAUGGGCCCGGGUGAUAUCAUUGGUCGCUCGUUCAAUUAUGCCAUCCUGGACAAAUCUAUUCCAGAGUCACAGGAACAAGUCAUUGGCUAUAUCAGCAUUAACGCCGUGCAUCCUUGUCCGGAGAUUGGGUACUCAUUGGCUCCGAAAGCCUGGGGCCAGGGGUUCGCGACAGAGGCGUUGGAGUUGUUCUUGAAGAUGUGGUGGGCUCUUCCGAGGCGCGAUCGUGAACAAAGCGGUGUCAAGGAAGGUGACGUGGAGAAGAUCUGGGCAAUCUCGGAGAAGCAGAACAAGGGCAGUUCUCGCGUGCUAGAAAAGUGUGGGUUUGAGAUGGUGGGGAGGCAAAGUUUGAAAAGGAUGAGCUUUACAAAUGGGCUUUACAGAGGCCGAAUAUUUGAUAUCCAAAAGGAUUAG